AAGGGUGGAGCUCACUGCUGCUGCUGUGGGAACAUUACCUACUUGGCACCUCUGCGGCUAGUCCUCGCACAUAGUCGAACCACUUCUCUAGGACUGGGAGUACGGAAACUGGCUUCAUCGACCUCUUUAAGAGGACUUGCACCGACCGAGAGAGACGCCACACAGAGAUGACGAUGGCUCCGGAAACGCUGCGCUCGGCCACAGCCUUCGAGGCAGCGGAGGACACGUCGCUCGCGCUGCCUUCCGACAACAAGCUGCGCUCGGGACCACAGCGCGUGCUGGAUCAAGUGCACACCAUCAAGAGGAGCAAGUCCAAGCACGGCAAGAACGGCUCGCUCUCUCCCUCACCCACAAGUUCAACUGCCCAGAAUUUGUCGGUGUUUGCUGAGUUCGGGUCGUUCAAGUUCUCGCCAUCCAGAGCAAAUGGCACCUUCAGCCGCAGCAACACCAAUGUGUCAUCAGGCCUCAGCAAAGGGAUAAACUUUCAGAAGAGUCGUUCUCUGUCCACUAAAAGCAUGGGAAGAAGGCAUGUCAGUACUUCCAGCCAAUGGGAGCAGCGCUUUCACAGCACCACCUGGCCUCAGCCACCCAAUAGCCUGAAGCCCAGCCGCAGCGACCCCGCCUUGGCUCCUCCACUUUCUCCACUCGCUCCUGCUCCUGCUCCUGUACCUGCCCCUGUUAUGAGAGCCAAAGGGCAGGUUAUGCAGAGCCAACAGACUCUUCAGACUCGAGUCAAUAGGAGCAGCGUCUACUCCAUGACCAACGGUACCACGAACAUGACCAACAGCCAGACGCGCAUCGUCCGGCCGCCCUCCUCCCAGUCACACAAUGAGAGCAAGAUGUCUCUCAUCAGAACAACCAAGACAGAGCUGCAGUCAGGGGUGAACAGCUCAGUGAGUAUGUCGGAUCUGACACUUAAGGAGGCUGUGGAGUUCCUGUCUCAUUCUGAGGAGAACUACCAGCAGUGUGGAGCCUCCUUCAUCCAGCACGCCACCUUCAAGGAGGAUCGCCCCAAACAGGAGGUUCUUGCUCUAGGGGGCAUCCCUCCUCUGGUGUCCUUGCUGCGGAGCCCCAACCCCAGGGUGAGCCAGAGUGCCUCUGCAGCCCUGAGGAACCUGGUGUUCAGGGACCACGCCAACAAGCUGGAGGUUCAGCAGUGUAGCGGCAUAGGCAAGGCCCUGCAACUACUGAAAGAGACUGAUUCUACUGAGACCCAGAAGCAACUCACAGGCCUGCUGUGGAACCUGUCCUCAGCCGAUGAACUGAAGGAAGAGCUGAUAUUUACAGCUUUGCCUGUGUUGACUGAGAAUGUGGUGGUGCCGUUCACCUGCUGGUCAGACAGCAGUGCCAACAACAACAUACAUCCUGAAGUCUUUCACAGUGCCACAGGGUGCCUACGGAACCUGAGCUGUGCCCAGAAGAAAGAAAGACAAGCCAUGAGAGACUGCCGUGGCCUUAUUGACUCCAUCAUGAAUUACGUCCAGUCUUGUGUGGUGGAGGACAACCCUGACGACAAGUCUGUGGAGAACUGUGCAUGUAUCCUCCAUAACUUGACCUACCAACUGGAGACAGAGUCCCCUGAGUGUUUUGCCAAGUACAAUACCGUAACAGAUGGCGCUGCUGCAGGUAAAAAGAGCCCCAUCAUUGGAUGCUUCAGCCCCAAGAGCGGCAAGGUUCAAAAAGAGUUUUUAUUCGAUGCAACUCGUGACAUGCCAGAGGACAGUGCCCCAACAGGUGUGAAGUGGUUGUGCCAUCCCAAAGCUAUGCAUAUCUACCUUUCUCUGCUGGGCUCUUCCCAAAAAGAUGCAACCCUGGAAGCCUGCUGUGGCGCCCUGCAGAACCUCACUGCCAAUAACGUACAGGGGCUCCCUGGCUCCAGUGCAAUGAGCCAAAUCCUGGUUCAGAAGCUGAGGGCUCUGCACUACAUCCCUUCUCUGUUAAAGUCUCCCAAUAGCAGCCUGCAGAAGACUGCAAUUUCCUUGGUGGGUAACCUGUCUUCGACCAGCAGCUUGCACACCCCCAUGGCACGGCAGCUCCUCCCUGAGCUCACCAGCCUCCUCACAUCUGGCACCCGGGCGAUGGGCAACUCUGAUGACACCAUAGCAUCCACUUGCAACACAAUACGAGUCCUGUUGCCAGCUGACCCUGAGGUCAGCAAGAAGGUCCUUUCCAGUGAACUAGUGGGAUCACUAGCUGACAUCAGCGAGAAUGAAUCUUUCCCUAAAGGCAGCAAAGCCGCAUCACUUCUUCUCCAUAACAUGUGGCAAGAGAAGAAUCUGCAAGGCCCUUUGAAAAAGCUAGGGUUGGGCAAACAGCUCUUUGUCAAUGACACCACCACAGCAGCAUUCAAGUCAGUGCAUGUUAUCGAAUCAGACUAAUGGAGAAGUGGGAUUGCAACGUAGAGCUUGAGAGAUGGAAACAUACAUGUCUAAACAGUGCUGUGGACACACCCUUGCCACAGGGAGAGAGAGUCGAAAGUGAGCAAGCAUUCCUGUCAUAAUAACUUUUAAAAGUGUCUAUCGAUCAUGACUCGAUCAUAUAUUGUACAUACUAUAUAUGAAAGAGAGCUUUUAAUUUAGAGAAUAAUGCAGAGGUGGUGUAUGUAUUUAAUUUGGAUAUACAUAUGUUUCUAUCUGUGAAUAUAAAUGGUGUAUGUGUGUGUGUGUGUGUGUGUGUGUGUAUAUGUGUGCAUGUGUGUGUGUGUGUGGUAGGUAAGUGUGGAUGUCCAAGACAGUUUUCAGGUUCUGUUUGAGAGGAUGUGGAUGGACUUUGUUAUGAGCUGUCAAAUGUUGCUAGAUGUACAAGGUUGUUCAGAUUCAUGAACGGCAUCACUGGCAUAUUGGUCUGUCUGCAGUAGCUAAAAGAUAACCCAUGCCCAUCCGUUCAAGUGAUGUUGGAAGCUACUUGGAGAGGGUUGGAUGGGUGUGAGCUGGAUAAUAAUAAGCAAGUAGAAAUGUAAGCUUGUGUUUCUGACGCCGCUGAGAUGAAAAUCUUGUGCCUCCAAAGAGUAUAAAGUGAAUACCAAAAUAUUAUGUUGCAUUUACCUAUGCAAAAAAAUACAGUACAAUGCAAAAAAGUACAAUGCAAACUCAAUUUAAAAAAAAAAAAAAAAAACGGUGCUACAAGGUUUUCACAUUCCAGCGGUGUUCAAAAAUAUGACAUUUUUUGUAUUGUGUUCUGUAUGCUUUAU